ACCCAGUUGAUAUAAAACCCUAACUCCCUCAAUCAAAUCCAUUUGGCUCCCUCCGCUCCUUCAACAAACAAGCAUCAUUACACUACUAACCCAACAAAGAAAUCAAAAAGAAAACAGCUCUUUCACAGAAAAUCCCCCCUUUCCUCUUUCCCUGUCAAGCACAGCACCACCUCAAACUGAAAAAAACCCACCAACCCAUUCUCUUUCUCUCAUAUCCUCAUCAUACAAAUGACAAAUCAAUCAAACUUUGGGAAUUAAUUAAAAUAAUUAGUCAAUCCCCCUCUCUCCCUCUCCCACUUUCCCUUCCUUUCUGUUUUCUGUUCCGAGUGUUCUCCCAUCUUCCCUCACAUCCUGUCUUCCAAUAAACCCUUCCUCCCCCAUUUUCCUCUGCCUUCUUGUUCAGCUGCCGAGCUUCUUUUUGUGCUCUGGUUGUCCUUCUGGGGUUUUUUCUUUUAGCACUAAAAUGGAGAAGAGAGCUUUGUCGUACUGCUUGGAGGAAGGAGAUUCUGAGAUGCUUCUCUCUUAAAUCUUUCUCCAUUACAGCCAUUCCUCAAGAGGCAAAAGGAACUACACCCAAUCGGCUGCCCCCUCUCUUUUGUGUGGUUCUGUGACCUUCUGCGGCAGCAUUGUUACUUAAAUUUGAUUUUGCUUUUGGGGUUGGGUUGACAAAAUGGGAGCCAACAAGAUUAAAGUGUUCUACAAAGGGUUCAAAUUCAUCACUCAAAUCUUUGGUACUCAUGUUGGUCUUCUUUCUUCCCUGGGUUUCUUCCUGUUUUGCAGUUGUGAAGGAGAGAGAGCUGGAGAUUGGGUGCCCAACUGAUGUAAAGCAUGUUGCUCACAUUGGAUGGGAUGGCGCCUCUGGGAAUCCACCCAGCUGGAUGAGUGAGUACAAGACAGCUCCUGAAUUCUCAUCCUCAAAACCUUUUGGUGGAGCAAAUGGAGUUCCAAAAGAGUCCAAUUCCAUGUCUUUCUCUCCAUGGUCCUCUCAAGAUUUUAGUGAAUCAAUGGGGCUUCACCAGAUGCCUGUGUCAACAAUGCUGGAUCAAACCGUGCCAACUACAGACCCACCAAGCAUCCCUAAGAAACUGAAGAGGAAAAAGAAGUCUGCGUCGACAUCAACGCCUUCAAAAGGUUCAUCGUCGUCUUCUUUAUCGAAGGCCUUGCGGUCAUCCAAGGCUAAUAAGGCCGUGUACCACGAGACAGCGCCACCCAUGAUUGCACAAGCUUAAUUAGUAGCCCGAUUUGUCGAAGUGUAUAAGGAAUGUGCAUAGCAGGAAGAAGGUGUAUUUUUUCUCUUUCUUGGUGAUCAAGGCUUCUGUAAAUGUGUUGACAAAGUGUACUAAAAAUAUUGACUGUUGGAGUACUUAUGGCUUGAUAUGGUAUAAAGGGAACAUAAAAAGUAAUGUUAGAUUGCAAGUUCUACUCCUGAGGUUUACAAGAAUGUGUUGUGAAACAAUAUUGUAAGGAAAUGUGGGUUCAAAGGUGAGAAUUUUUUUGGAAUUCAAUUUGGUUGGAUUGAAUGAGAAAGCUCUGUUUGAUGAUUGAUUUGUGGUUAGGGAUUGGAGAUACCUAUGGGCUUUGUAUAGUUUGGUAACAUGUCAAGCUUAUUUAUGGUUUAGAG